GAAAAAUCUUAGACAAGGAAAGAGAGGGGACGGAUAACCUCGUAUUCUGCCAGUGACUCAGUUUUGUGCCGAUUUUCGAUGCGACGCCAUAUUGUUGGUCCAAUAGAACCAAACGUAUUUUGUGUGAUUAAAAUUGAAUAUUGAAUUAAAGACUGAUAUUUUAUAGUGGAAAACAAUGGUUGGUUGUGCAGCCUACGGCUGCAAUAGCAGUAGUUAUAGGAAGGAGCCGGGAAUUACGUUUCACAGAUUUCCUUUGAAAAAUGAGAAGCUACUCUCAAUUUGGGUGAGAAACAUGCAUCUUACAGAUUUUAAACCGACAGCAAGUGAUAGGCUUGGUUCAAAGCAUUUUGAACAAAAAUAUUUUUAUCGUACUGACAGCAACAAAACUUAUCUACUCGGUGAAGCCAUACCCAUUAAGUUCGAGGCAUUGCCAAAAUAUCUUCAACCAAAGUCAACACCAAAGCGAGCUACCAAAAGAAGUAGAGAAAAUAUUGAAGUACCUUCUACAUCAGCUGAAGUAAAAAAUUGUCUACAAAUUUUUUUAUAGAUUUCUUAAAAAGUAAGGUAAUGUUUGUAUGCCUUCAAAAUAAUUAUUUUUCAAAAUUACAGGACCACAUUUUAAACACGAACUCGAAUCAUAUAUAUUUUCUAAUUGAAUCUAUAAUUAUAAAAUAUGUUAAUAUCCGAAUACAUUUCAUUACUAAGAGGAAAUCGGAAAUUUCGGAUCCAGUUAGGAAUUAUUUGACAAAAACAAUAUUAUUCAAAGGUCAAUAGGUUGUAUUUUUAUAAGUUUUUAUGUAUUUUUUAGU